AUGAACAACAACCAAUUCCGCAAGCUCGUGCUUGAUACGCCCGCCCGCCAAGCAUCCUAUUCCUCGCCCUCAGAUAUCAAGUCAACUCCAGCACGGAAUGGCGCAACGCCAUCAGCGUUGGGCUCGCGCAUGCGAAGCAAUAUUCCCAUGACACCACGAACAAUAUCAGGCUACAGCAGCACUAACGAGUUCGCCCGCCAACUCGCAGAACGCGCCCAAGGUCAAGGCCAGCCCGCUCCCAAGAAAUUCAAGUCAUCCGCCGCGCCUAAAGGCGCAAAACUGCCAACCGGCUAUGUAGACCGCGCGAGAGCGAGAGAAGGGGAGGAGGAAGUUGAAGAAGAUGACAAAGUGAAGCGGGUCAAAGCGUUGGAAGAGAUGAUGAAGUUGCAGCAGAUUGAUGAGCCGACUUUUGUGAAGCUGCGGGAAGAAAUAUUGGGGAAUGAUGUGGGGCAAAGGGCGGGGUUGGUCAAAGGGUUGGAUUGGAAAUUACUUGAGAAGGCGAGGAGUGGGGAGAUUGGGGUGAUGGACGUAUUGGAGGGGAAGGCUCCCGAAGAAGACGAGGCAGAGGAGGAUGAGCCGGAGGUGGAUAUCGAUGAUGAGUUUGAGAGAUUGGAAGAUCAGGAGGUGGAGGCUGUUACCAAGGAGAAGACGGCUAAGAAAGGGGAGAUGGCGCCCCCUUCGCUUACGGGGAAGAAGAGGAAUAGGAAUCAAAUACUCGCGGAUCUGAAAGCUGCACGUUUGGCGGCGAAAGAAGCAGCUCAACCUUCAUUAGGAUCGAGGUUUAAGAAAGUUGGUGGUCCAAGGACGGAAUCUAGAAUUGAGACGGACAGUAAGGGGCGAGAAGUUCUGAUCACGGUUGAUGAGGACGGAAAUGAGAAGCGGAAGGUCAGGAAGGUUCAGCCUAAAUCAGAAGCAGAGCUUGAGAAAGGACACGGACUCUUGAUGCCAGACAAAGAUGUCGCGCCUUUGGGCAUGGAAGUGCCGGAUAUACCGCAAGCGCCAGAGGAAGACGAAGAAGAUAUCAACAUAUUUGACGAUGCGGGAGAUGAUUAUGAUCCUCUAGCAGGGUUAGAAGGGAGCGAUUCUGAGGAAGAACAAGAGGAUGGCGAGCUCUCAGACUCCGCGGAGAAGAAAGCCGAGUCAAAUGAGGCACCAAAUCCAGUUCCAGGAAGCAUGGCCCCACCACCCCGACCAAAUCAACCACGAAAUUACUUUGGGACGUCCGAAACCACCAAAACAGAAGACUCAACAGCCUCCAGAGGCCUCAGCGAUCCCACCCUUCUGGCUGUCCUCAAGAAAGCCUCCACACUCAAUCCUAUCUCCAAAGAAGCCGAGAAUGCCGAAGAAGCAGCCAAAGAAGCUCGACGCAAGAAGAUGCUGCAGGCUGAUGACCGAGAUGCACAGGAUAUGGAUAUGGGCUUCGGAAGCUCGAGGUUCGGGGACGAGGAGGAUUUUGAGGAGAAGAAAGUUAAGCUGUCGGAAUGGGGUAGUAAAGGGGAUGAUGAUGAAGAGGGCGGGAAAGGAGAGGGGAAGAAUAAACGGAAACGAGGUCCGAAAAAGAGGAAAGGUGAUAGCAAUAGUGCCGCCGAUGUUAUGAAGGUGCUUGAGAGGAGGAAGGGCGAGUCGUAG